AUGGGGAGACCGAGGGCUGGACUUGCAGUUGAAUACAAGGCUGUCUUGACUGAACUACUUGGAAAAGCAUAUGUAAUUUAUUCCCAAAGAAUACGGAAACUUGAAGGGGAGAAGAUGGGCUUGGAAGGCACACGUUAUGACAUAUCUGACCCAUUUGGCAAUCUGAAAAGAGCAGCGGCAGGAUUAAAUUACAGCUUCCAGACUAUUCCCCACCACUUGAAUGACCAUUUCCUUGUGCCCAGUUCUAUAGAAUAUCACGAGGAUAGAGAUGGUGGUUCUUUUUACAAUGAACAUAAAGAUCGUUAUAUACAUCUAUCGAGCCCACCCAAAAUCAGUGCCUUCGGAGUUCUUGGUCAAUUCCUCUUCGACGCAUGUGUCCCAAAGAAUGUCUAA